UACACCUAUGUGCGCGCGAAUGAUUGGACCUAUGCAACGGAUUAUAUAGUUAUACAUGGUGUAUUAGCUUUUAUCGAGUAAAAUAUACAUAUCAUAUACUCGCCUCUGCACAUAUACGAAAGUGCAGAAUACACAAAUUGCCCGUCUCGACCGAUGCUUUUGUGUGCAAACAUGGCCGCGCGAGAAUAUUUAGAUUAUCUCGUUAACAGAGCAUUGUAUACCAACAGCGCGAGACGCGCUCCAAUUCGGGCUUGUUGAUUUGCGAAGCAGACGAAAAUUCAAGACUCGCAGGCUCGAGAUUUGCACCGUCUACCUUGUCCAUCGGACUGUGCGAAUCGAGGCUUCAACAACACGCUCUCGAGGUCAACUUGUGUUCAUUAGAAAACUCGAUAGGUGUCUAGUUGCUCUUGCUAACGCUGCUCUGCUGCAGACCCUUCUUCCAUCCUCCCCAGUCCUCGCAUCGAGUGCAUCAAAACAUUGUGCCAGACAACUAUACUGCUGUAUACUCACUCGCUGUAGAAUUUACCUAUAGUUAGUUACUUUCUGACACCUAACCUCGAAAGUCUGCUGGCUUAUUUGUGAGUUGUCUGUCAAAAAAUAACAGAUCAAUCGUAAACGUCACGCUUGGGUCUUGUAGUAGUGCUUCUUGACGCAAAGUUUUACACGCAUGGACACGAAAUUAUGUAGUGCGGGAAAAAAAUUCGAACUAUUGCCGAAUAGGCUCGGACAAAUACAGCAGUCGAGGGCAAAAUCAAAGCGCAGAUUAUAUUUUGAUUUUUAAAUCCUAUUCUUAAUCAUUAAAAAUGCCAAAACUUCGGGCGGAGCAAAAUCGACGCAGAGCCGCUGCACAAGCUAGACAAUCCUUUAGCAAUAUGUAUAUAAGGAACAGAGAACUCGGGAUGAGUCCUAGCUUAGGUCAAAAUGACAUGUUUCACAAAACAUUGUAUACCUCUGUUGAACGAGUCAAAACUUGGGAUAAUUCCAGUGCUGGGCACGGAGCUGUUUUCAAUUUAGAAUACUCACCCGAUGGAUCACUUCUACUAGCUGCAUGCGAGAAGAAAAGUGUUUUAAUGUUUGAUCCCUUAAGUAGAAGAUUAAUACACUCUAUCAACGAAGCACAUGAUGAUUGUGUCAAUGGAGCUAGAUUUUUAGAUCAAAGAAUGUUUGCAACGUGUUCAGAUGAUAGCACAGUAGCUUUAUGGGAUGCAAGGAAUUUAAAAAAUAAAAUACGUAAGUUACAAGGCCAUUCAAACUGGGUCAAAAACAUUGAAUACAUCCCAAAAGAUAAGCUGCUUUUAACAAGUGGUUUUGAUGGAGUUAUAUUUUCAUGGGACAUCAAUAAUUUGACUGAAGAUAGUUGCUUAUCAACUAAAGUUUUCCAAACAAAUGGAUUGAUGCGGUCCAGAUUGACUCCAGAUGCUACCAAAAUGCUGAUCUGCACCACUUCUGGAUAUUUAAUAGUUAUACAUGAUUUGAAUCUAAGUACAUUAAAUCAAGAUUUACAUGGAUUUAAGCCAAAUUUGUAUAGACUUAUGCAAUUAUCACAAACUACGAUUCCUGUGGCUGCUAGUUUCACUCAUUUGUUUUCCAACAAUCGUACUCAAAAUCGCCUUGAAUUCGUCACAGAUUUUCCGUCAGGGGACGAUGCUGAAGUAAUAUCUAGUUUACAAGUACAUCCACAUGGUUGGUGUGCAUUGUCCAGGAACGUCAGCUCUCAGGAAAGAUCAGAGUGGACUUGUAUUCACGAUAUACAAGAGCGAUCUACUUCGAACUUUUCCAAUGGUUCACGAGACUUGGAUAACUACAAAGACGAUAUGGAUGUAAUGGACGAAGAUGUCUCAUCACCUGCCAGUUCAUCAUCCCGAUUCACUAAUGAUUUUUCUGUUGAAGAAUUAGACGACAGUGUUUCGCAACAACCGUCUCGUUCUGGAAUAACUUCGUCUUUCGUUAUCGAUACUGCUCACGGAACUCAUAUCGUUAGAGCAAUUGAUCCAAAUGAAGUUGGAUUUAGCUCGUCGGAUGCUGGUCAACCAAAUUUACCAUCACGUAUGAGUAAUUGGCAAUCUCAUCAGAGACGAAAUACCAGGUCGAGCACGGCAAAUCAAAGACGAUCAAGGACAUCAGACUUUGGUAACGUCGUCGAAGUAGGCGAGUCUGGAGAUCCUGCGUUUACAGUUCGGGGACAUUUGAAUGAACGUUUCGACGACGACGAUGAUGAUCCAGACAGCCGCCCAAGAAGGAGACGUUCAGGACAACGACGCAAUUCUCAGGGCGCUGAUGAAACAUCAGAUAAUGUCGGAGGAAGACGUCGUAAUAGCUUGACGGAAAACCGCAGAAUAUCGUCUGGUAAUGUUGAAUUGCAUGUAAAUUCAGCCGAUGUUUGGGAAGCAUUGGUAGCCAUACGAGAGGCAAGACUGAGACGCGAAAACGAACGAGAAUUUCAUCACGAAGAUGGUAGAAACAAUCAGUGGACAAAUAGAGCCAACGGCAUCAGCGUUCAUAUACCACGAACUUCUCACACAGUAGUUAUUGUGGGCGAUAGGCGACCCCAAAAUCAUAAUCGCCAUGGACCAUCCAUGACGUACGCCAUUCCAAGAAACCACCGAAUUCACCAAAACACGCGUCGUCUCACUCAUUACAUCGAAGAGCCAAACGUUGGUUCGGGUUACAUAAAGGAACUGUGCUUCUCAUCCGAUGGUCGACUGAUUUGCUCGCCAUACGGUAAAGGACUUCGUCUUCUCGCUUUCUCGAACGAAUGCCAAGAAUUGUCGGACUGCGUUCCUAACCAUGGCGAGUCAGUACCGCUCCAUGAAGUUGCUUCAAGUUACAGUCACGACAGCAUCGUUACGAGUACCAAAUUUUCGCCCAGACACUGCCUUCUUGUUUCUGGAUGUCUUGGUGGUCGAAUAGUCUGGUAUCAACCAUUGCUAUAAAGACCUACUCAGCAUCGAUCUAUUAUUUUGUUUCCCUUUCUCAUUUCUUUAAGAAAACGUUAAAUGGAUUUUGUAAAUAGAACGUUGGCCGGAUUUUGUACGUAAAAAGAGUUUUGAUAUAGCGACUUUGUAGCUAAAUGUAAAUCGACGAGAUGUUAUAAUUUGUUGUUGACAAAUGUUUUUUUUUUCAAUUUUUUAGAGUUGUAAUUAAAUAAGAUUUCUUAAAUCAUUGUUCAGUGAUUUAAUAAUCGUAGAAAGAAUACGAUAAGAUGUCAAGCGUUGUUCGUUCUCAUUAUGAUGGGAAUACUUUGUAAAAUUGUAGCGUUUUCCCGAGCAGGAAAAUAUCGUUCAAUAGUUUUAGCAGUCCGUAUUAUCAAUGAAAAUGACUUUUAAUCUCAUAUUUUGAAAAGACUUAACAAUUCAUU